AUGUCGACAUUUUUUGGAGUCAAGUCAGCCACCGAGUACUCAAGUGGAGGAAAGCGUCCUGACAUUGGCAAGUUCAACAAUGUAGUGAAGCUAGCUGCAUUCUUCCCUUUCAAGUCUGCGCAGGCUGCUCUGGAGAACAUAAAUGCCGUUUCUGAAGGAGUUGUUCACGCAGACCUGAGGCUCUUUCUGGAGACAAAUCUGCCCUCUAGUGGUAAAAACAAGACAGUGCUGGGUGUCUCAGAUGCCAAAGUAGGUGCUGCCCUUCAGGAGGAGCUAAAGCUCUCCAUUCAGACUGGCGGUGUGGUGGCUGAGAUCGUCAGAGGUGUGCGUCUGCACUUCCACGCACUGGUGCGUGGUCUGACCGGGGAGGCAGCCUCCAAAGCCCAGCUGGGUCUGGGCCACAGCUACUCCCGAGCCAAGGUCAAGUUCAAUGUGAACAGAGUCGACAACAUGAUCAUCCAGUCCAUUGCUCUGCUAGACCAGUUGGACAAGGACAUCAACCUCUUCUCCAUGCGCGUGCGUGAGUGGUAUGGCUACCACUUCCCAGAGCUGGUGAAGAUCGUGCCUGACAACUCCACGUACUGCCGUUUGGCCAAGCUAAUCGGGAACCGUAAGGAACUGAGCGAGGAGAACCUGGAAGCCCUAGAGGAGGUCGUGAUGGACAGCGCCAAGGCCCAAGCCAUCCUGGAUGCGUCCCGAAGCUCCAUGGGUAUGGACAUCUCUCCUAUUGACCUGAUCAACAUUGAGAGUUUCUCCUGUCGGGUCGUGUCCCUGAAUGCUUACCGACUGGAGCUCCAGGAGUACCUGCGGUCCAAAAUGACCCAGGUUGCUCCCAACUUGGCUGCUCUCAUUGGCGAAGUGGUUGGAGCGCGUCUCAUCUCUCAUGCCGGCAGUCUGACUAACCUGGCCAAGUACCCGGCUUCUACGGUGCAGAUCCUGGGCGCAGAGAAGGCCCUGUUCAGAGCCCUGAAGACAAAAGGCAACACACCCAAAUAUGGUCUGAUCUUCCACUCUACUUUCAUCGGCCGGGCCGCUGCCAAGAACAAGGGCCGCAUCUCCCGUUACCUUGCCAACAAGUGCACAAUCGCUUCUCGUAUCGACUGCUUCUCUGAGGUGCCAACCUGCGUGUUUGGUGAUAAGCUGAGGGACCAGGUGGAGGAGAGGCUUUUGUUUUACGAAACUGGCGAAGCACCCCGCAAGAACGUGGAAGUGAUGAAGGAGGCCAUGAAAGAGGCUGGAGAUGUUGCAGCAGAGGUCAAGAAGAAGCUGGACAAGAAAGAGAAGAAGCGCUUGAAAAAGAAGAGGAAGUCCGAGGCGCUCUCCACAGGCGGGGGAGAUGAGGAGGAGGCGGAGGAGGAAGGGGUGACGCCCAAGAAGGCCAAGUCCAAUGGAGAUGCAUCAUCUCAGGAAAAUGGAGAAGCCGAGGUUGAGGUGACUUCUGCGAAGAAGAAGAAGAAAAAGAAGAAGCAGGAGGAGGAGGCCCCUGCAGCUGAGGAGAUAGAGGUCAAGGAGGAGGCGGAGGAAGCGGGCAACGGCGUGGAAACGACCACUCCGUCGAAGAAGAAGAAAAAGAAGAAGCAGGAGGAGGAGGAGGAAGAGGCGGCUGCUCCUGAAGUCAAGGAGGAGGAGGCGAUGGAGGUGAAGGAGGAGAACGGAGUUGAGGCCACUCCGUCGAAGAAGAAGAAGAAAAAGGUGAAGGAGGAGCCAGCGCAAGACACUCCAGAACCCGUAUCAGAAAAGAAGAAAAAGAAAAAGGUCAAGAACGAAACGGAAGACGAGUAAAUGAUUUCAAACCUCCAGGAGGAAAUGGACAAUUUAUUUUUUUGUAGUAUUGUACAGCUUUAAUUUGUAUUUUAUCCGGUCUUGCGUUCCCAGAUUGUCCUUGCUGGUGAGCAAGGAGGGAAUGAUUCCGUCUUGAUUUGGCCUUGAAAGGCCAUGGUAUAUCUGCAAAGCUUUUUUUUUUAAUCCUUGUAUAUAAUGUGUCAGUUUGUCUCCAUGCACCUUCUGCUGAUUGUUUCCAGUUCAGCUGUGUGCCUUUGAGUCUAAAUGAUGUUCCAUCAGGCCAUUUAGUCACCAGUGCUUGAAUUAUAUUUGGUGGCAAAGUGUGUGUGCAAACUGUAAAUGUGAAAUCAAAUUAAACCAUGUGGAUUUUGCAGAACAUGCAUCUGAUAUCUUUUAAUAAGCUUGUACAUAACUCAGUUAUUUGCGUUUUCAAGUUCCUUUGCCUGGCAGCCCAAUGCCCUAUACCGUCCUUUACAGUUUGCUAUUCAGAGCAAUAGGAACAGGAUAUGUGCAUAAAAAGUUACCAUUUCCACCUAGUAAUCUAGCUAUAUUUAAGCACAAAAUGGGUGUAACUUUUCCUGUAUGCAUUUCACACAACAAAAAAUGGCACACCUUUGAAUAAUGCUUAGCACCAGUGAAGGACCUCCACAUGCUGAGGUGGUCCUUUAGUGAUCUAGGUUACCCAAAAUGUCUGCAAGUGCUAAUCUGUGUAAAUCAAGACACCCACACUAAAUCUAAUAAGACAAGGAUUGGGUGCACCAACAAUUCCCUUUGAGGCUAUCUAAAGGCAUGCCACCUGACCUGAAGUAAUCGGUUCAUCUUGCCACCACACACACAACCUGAUCAGGGACUUGAUUUCCCAAGACAAUGCUCACCAUAACGGGUUUAUUGUACAUCACGUCCUAAGGGUUUGCCCAAAACUUGAUAUGUUCUAGUUUCAACUGUUUUUGGCAGGUGUGAAAAGGUAAAGGUGGUUUAGAUGAUGGGUUGCACUCAUCUGGUUUGGACUGGAGAUGUUGAUACCCUUUUAUAAAAUCUGUGUGUGUGUCUGAACCUGUGAAAUAAACCUUUGCGAAAAA